UUGUCUUUGAAACGCUGUCGGUCAGAAAUAGAAAAACCACAAAUACUAAAACAUUAGAAAUUACUUUGUGAAAGGUACACUUUCCUUUUCCAGUUCAAAACUCAGAAAAAAAGCCUAACAUUUUCUUUAAAGUUUUGGUUAAGUUUUGAUGUGAUUUAUGAGAAAACAAGGUGGAAGAUAAAAAGAGAAAAAGAAACCAGAAAAAGGAUCAGAACAAAACGAGAAACGGAGAUUGAGAGGAGAGAACGAAAAAUGUCACAGUUGUGUAUUUUGAGCCGGAAAGCUUAUAGAUUAAAGAACCCGCUACAGCCAAAGAAAUUGAUUUUGUUGAUUGGAAUUUUCAUAAUUCUAUUUUUCUUCAUCAGCAGUAAGUUUUGGCAAUUUAACCCAGACAAACAAAGGAUGUUUCGUGUAAUUAUGAAUAAUUAUGUCAUCGCUGAAAGAAACUACGAUAAAAACACGUUUCCCGAUCUUGUUGGAAGUUUUCACUUUAAUGAUACUAACAUCGGCAUUGCUAUCAAUGAAACUGCCCAUUUAUCAGUGACAGGAAACGAAUCCUUGGCUAUUAUUUACCAAAGCACCAUUAGCCCUACAGAGAAGAAGCUCCUUUUGUAUGUCUUUCAAUCUUUUAUUGAUAUUUGUCGGCGUCACAAAAUUGUAUUUUUCUUGUACGGUGGUUCACUUUUAGGAUCUUAUCGUCAUCAUGGUAUCAUUCCUUGGGACGAUGAUAUUGACGUUUUUAUGAAUUAUUCCCAGAGGGACACAUUUUACACUGUAUCACAGACAGUGCCUGGCUUUCAAGUGUCCAAUCCAAAGACAUUUCAAUGGAAAUUUUUCUUCAGAGAUGUUAAGACUUUGAAAAAUCAACAAUUCCGUUGGCCUUACAUUGAUAUAUUUUUCUUUGGAGAAAAUGAGACAUCGAUCUUUGACUUCACAUACGGUAAGCCUAGAUAUAAAUUUAUCAAGAAAAAUAUUUUCCCAUUAAAACUUCGACCGUUCGAAGGGGCUAUGCUUGAAUCGCCUUGUAAUCCAUAUUUGUUCCUAAAAUUUUGGUAUGAUGUUCAUAUGUGCUCUGGAAACUCUUUCAGACACAAAACAGAGUCAGUAGCUAAUGCUUAUUGGAAGAAGUCGGUUCCAUGUACCCAAGUACACUUUAUGUGGCCGUUUGUUUCCCGCACCAAGGACAAGCAUUCUGGAAUGAUAAAGGAGACCCUACUCUUCAGGAACAUUAGCCAAUCUCAUCCGUUCAUCACUAAAAACUGUUAAUAAAAUUUAAUUAUAUGUAUAUUUA